AGCGGACUGGCGCGGCGGCUACCCGGGGAGCCGCCGGGGCCGCCGAGCGGGUCUUCCCCUCGUGGGCGGCGUCCAGUGCUCGGCCGUGCCCCGGAGCCGCCCCAGGUCCUGCCAUGUCCACCCCUCUGCAACCAGAGCAGGGAGACCUGCCCACGGAUGGGAAGGAUGAAGAUCCUGUCGAGGGCACACAGCACUCCCAGCGCAUGCUCAGCUUCAGUGACGCCCUGCUGUCCAUCAUCGCCACUGUGAUGAUCCUGCCGGUGACCCACACGGAGAUCUCCCCAGAACAGGAGUUCGACAAGGGGAUCCAGAAACUUCUAGCAACCAGGAUAGCUGUGUACCUGAUGACUUUUCUCAUUGUCACCGUGGCCUGGGCUGCGCACACAAGGUUGUUCCAGCUGGUUGGGAAAAUCGAUGACACACUUGCCCUGCUCAAUCUGGCCUGCAUGAUGACCAUCACCUUCCUUCCCUUCACGUUCUCCCUGAUGGUGACCUUUCCCGACGUGCCCCUGGGUAUCUUCCUGUUCUGCGUGUGUGUGAUCGCCAUCGGCACCGUGCAGGCGCUGAUUGUGGCGUACGCGUUCUACUUCCCACGCCUCCUGGACCCCCGGAUCGGGCGCUCUGCCAACAGGGGCUUGUAUCAGCGGCACAUCCUGGGCAUCGUGCUCCGUGGGCCUGCCCUGUGUUUCGCUGCCGCCUGCUUCUCCCUCUUCUUCUACCCCCUGUCCUACCUGCUGAUGGCGACCGUCAUCUUCCUCCCCUACGUCAGCAAAGCCGCCAGCUGGUGCAAGGGCCGACUCACGGGCCCCAGGGAGCCCCCAGCCCCCAGCAUGGAGCUCUUCACCUUUGACCUGCAUGAGCCACUCAGUAAGGAGCGCGUGGAAGCCUUCAGCGACGGGGUCUAUGCCAUUGUGGCCACGCUGCUCAUCCUGGACAUCUGUGAGGACAACAUCCCAGACCCCAGGGACGUGAAGGACAAGUUCCACGGCAGCCUGGUAGCAGCGCUGAGUGAGUUUGGCCCACGCUUCCUGGCCUACUUCGGCUCCUUCGCCACGGUGGGCCUGCUCUGGUCUGCCCACCACUCGCUGUUCCUGCACGUCCGCAGAGCAACGCAGGCCAUGGGGCUGCUCAACACGCUGGCGCUGGCCUUUGUGGGCGGCCUGCCGCUGGCCUACCAGCAGACCUCGGCCUUCGCCCGGCAGCCGCACGACGAGCUGGAGCGUGUGCGCGUCAGCUGUGUCAUCAUCUUCUUUGCGAGCAUCUUCCAGUUUGCCACCUGGACUGCGGCCCUGCUGCACCAGGGUGAGACGCUGCAGCCGGCCGCCCGCUUCGGGGGUCAGGAGCAUGCCUUCAUGUUUGCCAAGCUGGCGCUGUACCCAUGCGCCAGCCUGCUGGCCUUCGUGUCCACCUGCUUCCUGAGCCGCUUCAGCACCGCCAUCUUCCACCUCAUGCAGCUGGCCGUGCCCUUCGCCUUCCUGCUGCUGCGUCUGCUGGUGCGCCUGGGCCUGGCUGUGCUGCGGGCCCUGCUCCGGGCUGGCCCCCAUCGUGAGGAGGACAUCCGCUCCCCCCUCCUCCCUGACCCCCACGCGUGAGGCGGCCUCCUGCUGUCAGAAGGGACUGUCUGGGCCUCUGGAAGCUGCAUCAGGCCAACCCAGUGGGGUGGGGCGACUGCCCUCAGGCCCCAGGCAGAGACGAGGCUUGGGGAGAGCAAGACCAGGCUGUAUUUGUCUGGACAUGGCUUGGGGCACAGUGGGAAGUGGUCAGUUACAGGCACAAACACAGACAAGGCCACCGCAGCACCACAGC